AUGCAAGAUGAAAUAGAUACUAAAGCUUUAGCAUAUGCACAGAGACAUGAAGGAAGAUGCUUAGACAAAGUUAAUCUUAAUACAUAUUUAUGGUCAUGUAAAAAGGAUUAUCAAUGGGAAGCACCAUAUAAAAUUAUGAAACAGAAUUAUAGAUGGUGUAACAUUUACCCUAAUGUACUGGAAAGAAUAUGCCG